GGUCGCGGGGACUGUGGCUGCGGGCUUCGCUGAGCCGGACUUGGUCGCCAGAUUGGGGUCGAGAUGUCCUACAUCCCGGGCCAGCCGGUCACGGCCGUGGUGCAAAGAGUUGAAAUUCAUAAGCUGCGUCAAGGUGAAAAUUUAAUCCUGGGCUUCAGCAUUGGAGGUGGAAUUGACCAGGAUCCCUCCCAGAAUCCUUUCUCAGAAGAUAAGACAGAUAAGGGCAUUUACGUCACACGGGUGUCUGAAGGAGGCCCUGCUGAAAUUGCUGGGCUACAGAUUGGAGACAAGAUCAUGCAGGUGAACGGCUGGGACAUGACCAUGGUCACACAUGACCAGGCCCGGAAGCGGCUCACCAAGCGUUCAGAGGAGGUGGUGCGCCUGCUGGUGACGCGGCAGUCGCUGCAGAAGGCCGUGCAGCAGUCCAUGCUGUCCUAGCAGCCCACCAAGAUCCCGACUCGUGCCUGCAGCCUCUUUGUACAGUGACACUACUUCCACAGUCUGCCCCUUGUCUUGGCUUCUGAGUGCUGGGCCCCCGCUCAGAAGGGCAAGAGCUGGUCCCAGAGGCCUGACCUGGCCUGCCUUCCCCUCUCCCACCAGUGGCCUCAGGCUCUGGGACCAGCCCUCCCUCGGACACUGAGAACUGGAAACAAUGGCCUGGAGCUGAGUUGUAGUCAGUCUAGUGACCACAGGCUUGGCCCGCAGACCCUGCUGCCUGGUCCCAGCAAUGCCCAGGUGAGCAGGGGGCCCCAUUCCUGAAAGCGGCCACAAAGAGGAACAAUGCCAGGUGGGGCCAGCUUUCCCACUGCCCUGGCUGCAGGGCUUAGCCCUGCCCCACCUCAGCUCCAAAGUGCCUGUGCCCCACACUUUUCCCUAUUGCCCGGUGGGGAUUCAACACUGCCAGAGGCACCAUGAAGUUUGCCAGGAUGGAAGCCAGGCAGGCUCACAGUUCACCCAUUGCACCCCCACUCCUUGAGGGGUGCUGGGGUUCACCAGCUUAUAAGAUUUAGACGAGGUUCAAGGCUGACAUUUUAGGGCAAUUCUCAGAAUUGCCAUUUUCCUCUAUGCCUGUGGGUUUAACUUUUGUACUUUUUAAAUCACAACUUUGAUACAAAGUUUUUAUUUUACUAUUUGGAGAUGCCAAUUCUACUUUUGAAUUUAGCUAAUUCAAUCUGGGAACGAUGACUCUUAGCUAGUCAGCAGGCCUUAGUUUGGAAAUGGGGCAGUAUGAAGCCACCCCACACCCAACAUGUUGUGCCCACUAAACAGUGCUGGAACCACAGGGGUCUUUGCUGAGGUGCAGGAAUGGGGUCUUUAGGGGUGGAUUAUGGGGAGAGCUUUGGUUGUAAGGCUGGCUGACCUGGCCCCAGCUGCUCUUGGAGGAAGCCCUAGGCCCACCUGCCAUGUGCUUGGCCUGGCCACAUCUAUAGGAAUGUGUGGGAGCACCUCUACUGGAAGUGGGGCAGAGUGUGCCCAACUGUCCUUGUGAGCCUCAUCUCAGUUCCCACCCAGGGAGAGCCUUAUGGCCACCAGGGGUUCAUGGGAAAAACACCCUCCCUCUAAGACUCUUAAGAGCACUCAGUUGAUCACAGCCAGAGAUAAAACCCCAGAUGUUUCCAGGGCCUGCCAUAUGACAAGAUGGGGUGAGCUGGAGAGCUCUGGAGCCUCUGGCUGGCCCACCACCUCUGGGAAUUGUUGCCACUCAUGGACCCACUGCCAAAUCAGAUUUUUGAACUCACCCAUUUUUAAGGUAUGGCACCUGGUAACAUACUGGGUAGCCCAAAUAAAACAGGUGUGGUACACUUGG